AUGUCCCAAGCUGGUGGCAGCCCCCGGGCAGAGGACGCGGGGCUGUGUGUCAGGGUGCACUCAAGCCGGGGCAGCCAGCGGGUUGAGUGCAUCAUCUGCUACUCCUCCUACGACCUGUGUGGCCGGCUGCCGCGCCGGCUCUACUGUGGCCAUACCUUCUGCCAAGCCUGCCUGAAACGCCUCGACGCCGUCGCCAAUGAGCAGCGCUGGAUCCCCUGCCCACAGUGCCGCCAGAACACGCCCACGCCGCGCGGCGGCGUUGCCAUGCUCGACCUCGACCUGGCCACCUUCCUUGCUGUCAAGGCUGACAAGGAGCAUCCCCAGGUGGCCGGCAGGUCCCAGCCUGACCUGGCCACCAAGGGCUCAUGCAAAGAGAAGGCGGUCACCCAGCAGCCGGCGGUGCUGUGCCAAGACGCGGUGCCUCCAGUGCCGUUCCCCCGACACAGCUGCUGCCAGCUCUGCCUGUGCUGUGGGGUGACGGCGGCCUUUGAGAGCUGA